GGCGAAGAGACAAAGUCGUUUAAUUGGAUUUUCGCCCACCUUGACUCAUUCGGAUACAAUCAACAACCGCCCGAGUGGCCCCCUCACAGCCUAGAAAUCUAUGAAAAGCAGCUAAACAAAAAUCACAAAGUCAUCUCGCGAAACCGUAAAAAAAAGUAUCUUGGGAAUUCUGGAUUGGAAGAUUGGAAGAUUGGAUGAGAAUCCACUGCAACUAACUACUUUUCACUACGAAAAACAAAAAUCCACAACAGCAAAUUGCAAAAAUAUCUAUAACGGAAUAUUAUAUUUGAAAACCACUAAAAAGGAGCUAAGAACUAAGCAAAAAAAGAUUUCAUAAGAGAAUUGAAAGCCUCUGCGCAAGUAAGAUACACUUUUCAAAUAAGAAAAUAUUAAAAACACUUACAGCAGCUCAAAACAAGAAAUCGUGUAAUUAUAUAUUCAACUGAUAGCUACCAAAAAGUAAUAGAAUGCCUUAAAAAAUAGAAUAACAAUCUCAACGAAAAGUGUAUUUUUAUCUUUUGCCGCUCAACUGAAAUCAGCUGAACACUUCUCAAUAUCUUGAAUAAUAAUUUUCCAAAGAAAUAGGAAAUAAAUUCAAAAAUGGGCUUCGAUGUGGAUACCCAGCAGAUUUGCUCUGAUCUGGAGAGCUCCGAUCGACGUCAGAAGACGACAGUUCUGGAUGAACUGUUCAAUAAGUGCACAGAAGCAAUCAAUUCCGGCGAGAGUGCUGACAAAAUAGCCGAGGUUUUCGAUAAAUUGUAUCUGCAUCUACUGAAAUGCUACGAGGAUAGAUUCGAAAGCGUUCGCUCUAAAGCCGUUCAAGUGGUAAGUACCUUUUUGUCAGGUCUUCCGCCGACGGAUUUCCACCUGAUGAAUGUGGUUUCCACUUUGGCGGAGCGGAUGGGAAAGGCCGAAACCGUGGAGCCCAGCGAGGAAAUCCGCCUCCUCUACAUUAUGCAACUGAAUUUGAUGAUUCUCCUGUAUGCGAAAAUGGAAAAUGUGGGCGUCUUCAGGGAGUGCUAUCCCUUGGUGGUGAAGAUUCUGAUCAAGUCGAUCAAGGAUGACUAUCCGGUGGUGCAGCGCGAAGGAUGCUCCGCUGUGGUUACUGUCUCUCGUUUGGCUGAUACCCAGGAGUUUCGUCCCUUUACCGAAUCCAUUCUGCUACCUCUUUACGCCAUGUUGAAUCACAAGCAUGCGCAGGCCAGGAUAUCGGCCAUUAAAGCCAUCGCCAGGCUGAGUCUACACGUGGACGCCAGUGGCGAUGUAAUGAGAAGGCUCUUCAAUGAGGUGUCGCCCCUUCUUAUGGACACCAUGCCAUUGGUUCGCCGUGAAGUCGGUCAGAUGGGCAUUCUUAUGCUAAUGGAGCUAUUGGAUCGCUAUUCCUUCUUUGAGAGAAUUCUACCGCUGGUUCUUUGUUGCCUGAAGGACGAAUCUCCGGAGGUUCUGAAUCACAUAUACCCGCAAUGGCUCAAGUGUGGCAUACAAUAUUACAAUGAAAACGAAGCCGAGUUGUCCCAGCAGGAAAUAAGCGAUUUGCCAGUCGAGAAUUACCCGAAAGAUGUCAAGCGACCUACCAUAGGAUGUCGUGGAUUGGUGCAACGAUCCUUGCGACUCUUGCAACUUAUUACGCGGGAAACAAGCGACUGGAAGGAUAAUGUUCGCCUCCACGCCCUGAAGCUACUCUAUCAAUUUGUUUUGCAUGCCGAGGCUGCCAUGACUGCCAAGUUCUUCGAGAUCUACGGGGACUUGGCCCAUGCCUGCAUCGAUCUUGUGGCAGAAGUCAAUGCGGAAGCCGCCAAGGUGGCGGACUUGAUGGGUCGUCUGUUGUCCUACGAUGCCUGGAUAGAUCACGGCUUCGACGGCCUGGAACGGAAUGCCCGUGAGUCUUAUAUGAGAUGUUUCUACCACAUGUUCACCGCCUCCCUGGGUGGCACCUAUGAGCAGUUAAUGCGCUUGGCCAAGCUUCUUCGCUGCACCGAUUACUCUCAUACUCUGAAGCCAGGCUUCCAGCAUUAUAUACUCAAACUCUUGAAUACCAUUGUGGAUAAAUCGCUGAAGAUCAAUGCGGGGCAAAACGAGCUGGAGGAUCUCUACGAGUCGGUAUAUGUAUGUGCCAUUAAAGUAAUGGCACUUUCGAGUUCCCUCGAAAAUGGCGGAAACGAAGAUGUUAAUUUAGGUCAAAUGCUGAUCGAAAAAAUGGUCAAACUACUCAACACUUCGGUUGCUAAAACACACGAACGUUGGUUUCAUUUGGCCCUGCAGGAUGUUAUAAAUCUGGAUGCGGCCUUGGAGGAUAAUGCUGAACCAGUGAUGCUGUUGAAUGGAUUGAUAAAUAUGUGCCACAUUCGAGCUACCUAUGUGCACGUUCUUAUCGACAAAGUUAAGAUCGUCUUUCAGCAUUGCUGCGAUAGUGCUCAAGUUAAAAUCUUUAGCAGUCUCUCGUUGGCAACUCUAUUUUGGUCGAAAACAAUGAAUGUAGAACGUGAGGCCAGCACCCAGAUGCUAAGUGAAUUCGUAUCGCAGAUUGUGGAACCCUAUCUGACCUGGAAGGCUGGUUCCAAUGCCGAGGCCAUGAGAUCCCUGGCCAUGGCUACUCUGUGUGCUUUGGCCCAGGGAGCCGAGCUGGAAUCUGUGGAAGUGCUACCCUCACUGGCCAAAUACAUGCCUAGUCUGCUCGAAGAUCGCAAUGUCACCACACGGCAUUAUGCGAUCAAGGCGGUUGUAUAUUUCCGGGAAAUGUCUGUGGAAGAUUUGAAGCCACUAGCUUAUGCCACCAUGCAGCGCAUGGAUGAUCCUUCGGCUGGCAUUCGUAUCCUGGCUGCUUUGGCGGUGGGUAAAUUGAAGCCCAAGUUCGGCGAGACGGAUACUGAAAAGAACCAUGAAAGGGAGGUUUGGGAUGCUAUAGUUAAACGCGCCAUGGAUCUGCUGUUGCUCUAUCACGAAAGUCUCGAGAAGGACAUGAGGGCGGCUGUAGACGUUACCCUAAAGGUCUUGGCCAAAUCUCAUCCAGAUGCCUGGGAGGAACGCUACCAACGGGCGUUACCAAUGUCUCAGAAAAAGGAUUUACUCACCGAACUCUAUGAUAAGCUAACCAUCAAUGAAGAUCCUGAGCUUACAUCAGCACCAGAAGAUUAGGGAACACAUUACAUAUUAAUUAAAAAUUCAUUAGGUCUUAUUUUACCAAUUUGUAUUGCAAAUUAAGCUUCUUAGGAAAGCAAUUUAAAUUUAUAUUGGAGAUUAGCAAUUUAAUACUCUCUUACUAAUUGACCUAUAUACAUAUAUCCACUUCUAAGUACGAAGAACUAUUGUAAACAAAAGCUCCAAACUAUAAAGUAAAAUCUGUGCAAGCGAAAAUUUCACAAAUCUCUUGUUUAUUU